AUGCAGGAGCUGGAGCAGAGGGUUACAGAGUCUGACCAACGGGCUGAGAGCGCUGAGAAACAGGUACAGCAGAGUUUUGAAACCACAGCUUCAGCUACUUCAAACUACUGGAAAAGCUUCAGUCGCCUCAAGUAGCUGCAGCACAGUGUGCCCACAGUCAGGCUCAUCUCCACUACAAAAGUCAAAAGAGAUGUUCAGAACAUUCUCUCUCUUUCACUUUCUGUCUCUGUCUUUGUCUCCCUCUCAUUCCUUUAAGUUCUGCACUAUGCUCUGGAUAACCAUCGAGGCUCAGCUUUUGUCUCCUCCUCUACUGAUAGUCAGAGAAAGAGCCCAUUUAUUCCCAUCUAUCUUGUGAGUCUAUGAGCAUGUAAUCAUACUGUAGUUAAUGAUCUAUUACAGGUCCAUGUCAUGGAAGAGAAGCUGAAAUCUGCAAAUAUACAACCCAGCGAAUCAGAGAACUCGUUGUACAGAAGGUACCAGGAGCUGACCAAUCAGGUGCAGGAGAAAGAUGCUGUGAUAAAGAGAUUAGAGGUGCGGCUGGAAAAACAGGUAUGGAAGUUAUAGUGUGAGUCACAAAUGGUUUCCUAUCCCUUAAAUAGUGCACUACUUUUGACCAGAGCUCUAUGGCCCCUGGUCAAAAGCAGUGCACUAUAUAGGGAAUAUGGUGCCAUUUGGGAAGCAACUAUAGAUAAGGAACAUAAAUGUCAAUUUAUGUUCAUAAUAUGUGGGUUAUGAUGAACCCCUGACUAACCCUAAACCCUGUUUUCUUGGCCUAUAGAUCUUAGUUAGAGCCCAGGAGGCUAAGAUCAUUGAGGAGAAGGCUGCUAAAAUCAAAGACUGGGUUACAUUUAAGCUACGAGAGGUAAGCUAAGUUCAAAUACAGUAUGCAGUAGGAUUGUCACGAUACUAGUAUGUAUCACAAUACUAUGAAGCAAGGAAGCAAAGGAAACAACAUGAAUUGGACUUCAUUUCCUGAAGAAAACAGUUCUAAUGUUGGAAAAAACUGCCUUAUGUUGUCACUCAGUGUCACAUUUGUUUAUUUUGCAAGCUACAGAUGUAGGACAUUUAUUUGAGCCAGUUUGCUACAGCAGGAAAAUAAUCCUCCAGCAACAGGAAAUGUGAAUUAUUAUGUGGAUUAUAAUUAAUAUACAUUUUUGUUGGGGUUGAUACAUUUUUCGUAAGGGAAAAUCAAGUAUGAAAUUUCAAAGUGGAAAUUACAGAAGUAUUUUUAAACCUCAAAUACACUACACAUUUUAAAUGUACUGCAACAGGGUAAUCAAAUUAAGAUCCUACAUCUGUAUAGCACACAAUAUUUUACAUAAAGUAGGUUUUUAAAGGACCAUAGAGUUUAGUCUGCUUUGUGUUUUCUCUUUUUGCCAAGGAAAAUCUGGUAUCGUAGUAUCACAAUACUGGCAUCGUGUACAAUACAUAUAUAUCCUAUAGAGACCAGCCAGGUCAAAGAUUGCAUUAUUUAAACUGAAACACAAACAUAGCUCAUGAUCAGUUGAUAAAGACAAUGAGAACAAUUAACUCAAAACUUCUACUUAUUGUUGUCUUCAUUCUGUACUGUUUUUCAGAUGGAGAUUGAGAACCAGCAGCUGAAGAUAUCCAACCUGAAGCAGGCAGAACAGAUUAUGAUGCUGCAGGACAAACUCCAAGGUGAUCCUCCUUCCACUACAGCUGUACAAAACUCCUGGGAAUUUUUGUUAAUCUACUCAGAAUACUCUCUGAGAGUACCACACUGUUUUAACAGACAAACACCCUCACCCAGAGGCCUUCGAUGCUAGCCACCUGCUAGUCAGCUGUUGUCACCGCAAUAACUAGAAGGAUCUGUCCGAGUGGGAGUAUGUAGAUUAUGAAGAGAAGGGGGCACAGCACAGAGCCCUGGAGCACACCCUAUGUUACUUUGAUAGUAUCAGGGCCUAGUCACCUUAGUGGUAACCUGCUGUGGGCCUAUGUUCUACAGUACAUGUUGUGAUAUUGCCAAAAGCUGCAGCUGUAUCUCUAGAUUGACUAUCUUUUUCCCUCUUGUUCAAUAGCUAUCCUGGAGAACCCUUCAUCUCCUGGACCACCCACCUCUCCUUCCACAGACACCCACCAGGUACCCUGCAGCCCCAUAUACCCCCCAAGCUGUCCUGGGACCCCGCCUGCCCAGGAGGAGACAGGCUGGGGAAGACAGACAGGUCCAGGGGACAGGGCAGAGCAGCCCUGUAAACGGAGCGGUGACAGAGGGGACAGAGGAGACACAACAGGCCACAGCACUGUGACAGUAACCCUGUCAAAAACUCCCUCUCUGGGCAGCUGGGGCAGGGAGACUGGGGCUCGACCUGGUAGUCCUGUUCCAACCACUGGAGGUCAGGACCAACCACUAGGUGGCGCUACUCCCAGAGACCACUCCUCGGAUGAGCUCAGCAGCAAGUUCCGCUCCCAACGUCUCCGCUCCUCCUCCUCUUCCUCCUCCUCCUCUUCCUCCACCUAUGAAACAACCCACGGAGGUCCCAGUACCCCUGACACCCCUUCCCCCACCUCCACCCCUAAAAGCCCUCUCCUCUGCCGUUCUCCAUCUAACUCCCACCCCUUCCAGACCACCGCCCAGACCCUGACCCUACCCUCCCAAACUGGGACCAGCAUGACCCUACCCAAGGUGUGUUAAAUUCUACAUUCCUAAGUAGUGGCCCUAAUCACCUAUCAUUACGGUGCUAUUUCCCUUGCUUGUAUUUGUGCACCUGUGUCGUACAUUUCUUGUAUCUCAGGGACUCUUGGAGAACGGGACAAUCUGUACUUUUUCCCCACAAAUGUUUCUUAAUAUUAGCAACAUUUGAAAUACUGUAUAUAUUUUGAUAGACCAAAGUAUUAGCUAUCACACCAUGUAAAGGAACAACCUCCUAAUUCUCCGUCAGACACCAUAAAAGGCAUUUCAUUUUUACAUUUAUUGUCCAACAAGUAUUUAAAGGCCUUAAUUGUUUAAUUCUAACAUGAUAUGUAAUACAAAUAAGUCUAACAUGAUAUGUAAUACAAAUAAGUCUAACUUAAUAUGUAAUACAAAUCCCUACACUUAUUUUUGUUUUGUUUAAUAGCGCUAUGCACUGAGUUUCCAAAACAUUAGGAACACCUGCUCUUUCCAUGACAUAGACUGGCCAGGUGAAUCCAGGUGAAAGCUACGAUCCCUUAUUGAUGUCACUUGUUAAAUCCACUUCAAUCAGUGUAGAUAAAGGGGAGCAGACGGGUUAAAGAAGGAUUUUUAAGCCUUGAGACAAUUGAGACAUGGAUUGUGUAUGUGUGCCAUUCAGAGGGUGAAUGGGCAAGACAAAUGGGAUAUGGUAAUAGGUGCCAGGCACACCGGUUUGAGUGUGUCAAGAACUGCAACGCUGCUGGGUUUUUCACGCUCUACAGUUUUCUGUGUGUAUCAGGAAUGGUCCUCCACCCAAAGGACAUCCAGCAAACUUGAUACAACUGUGGGAAGCAUUGGAGUCAACAUGGGGCAGCAUCCCUGUGGAAUGCUUUCGACACCUUGUAAAGUCCAUGCCCCGACAAAUUGAGGCUGUUCUGAGGGCAAAAGGGGGUGCAACUCGAUAUUAAGAAGGUGUUCCUAAAGUUUUGAACACUCAGUGUAUAACGCUCCAGGGCUAAUUUCGUUAGCAUUUUGGUAUGUUUUUCUAGAUUCAGAACUUGAAUCAACAUUUUUAAAGUGAUAAUGCCUGAGAAGCCGGUUUGUUAUAUAUAUACCAAUAUAUCCAACAAACACCGGCUUCGAGGGCAUUAUCACUUUUAUACAACUGGUUACCAACAUAUUCAAAUAAUGAUUGACAUAUUUUCCAUUAAAAACGUUAUUUUGAUUAAUUUAUUCGUACUAUUUCAUCCUUCCACAAGAUAUAGUCCCGACACAAAUCUAGGGUUGCUAGAGACGCGACCCAGUCGUUCGUUCUUUUUGUUCUGUAUCUAUGGACGCUACCCAGUCGUUCAGUCUUUUUGUUCUGUAAAUAUAGACGCGAUCCAGUCGUUCGUUCUAAAUGUUCCAUUGCCAUACUGGCUGGCAACGUUCUUGCUUGCUAGCUAGCCAACUACGGCUAAUUUACAGUUACGUCAAAAAGUUCAGCCAGAAUAACAGCCAGCAAAGUAGCUGCAUUUGCAUUUGUUUAAUUUCUAGUGACAUUUAUUUGGAUACAUCCAUAACAAUCAGUUUAUGAUGCGCGACUUUGCCUGGCAGAGAAAAUGUGCUCUCUUGUCAGGACACUGUUCAGACAAAAGAAAGACAAUCCAUGACAUUCAUUUGAGCUGAUUUUAAUAAAUGAAACCAUACAUUAUCUUUGUUAUCCACCACAGCUGACAUAGCUGAAGCUACUUAUUGUAUGUCACAUUUAUCUGUACAUUCACUUGGAUGAGGAGUCAGUGCUACUACUUCUGCUGCCUUGCUUCAGCCUUUUGGGUGUUGAUGGUGCUGAAGUGUUCUCUUUGUUUUCGGCCAGGAUGUUGCUCCAGCGUUUUCUGUCUGUCAGUGAGGGACGCCAGUAGCUAUGGAGCGAACCUACGCACCGAUGACCACUCACUGACAUAAUCUCCCUAGCUUCUAAACCAGCAUUGGCCAGUUUCUGGACUGUCGUGGUCCUGAUGCUGUGAUGUGUGUAUGUAGUUGUUCCCGCUGCCCUGCAGAUCUUGGGUAGAAGUGCUGCCAGAUAUUUCACGCCCAUCGACUCUGACGUGUACAAGAUCGAGUCCCAGAUACACUCUCCUCUCCUUGGGUGGAGAUCAAAUGCAAGGGCGUUCUCCGGGCUAUUCGAUAGAUAUUUCUCCAGUGAUGCCACCGGGCAUAGUGGGUUCCCUGGAUGCUCGAACAUGAAUCCCCUCUUCAACUCCCUGCCCCUCUCCCUUGGGUCCAGGUGAUUCUUUGUAGCCUCGUUAUAUGUGAGAGUGGCGUAUCUGAGAGAGAGAAUGCGUUGUUAUAAUAUUGUUUUCCAGUAGCCUAAUUACGAGUGAAACUUAGAAAUAACACAAACAGGCUAUGAACAACAUACCUUAGACCGUUCUCAUCUGUUUUUACGAGGAAUUAGUUGGGCUUUAGUUGUCUGAUUUAUACAAAUCUCUGCUGUUGAAAACCAAAUGCUAUUCUAAAAGAAAUGGGAGAUAAUGUCUAGAUACUUUUUAUAGUGGAGAUCAAGUUUAUACAUUUCCUGGCUGGGCUGAUGAGACAGUGGAUUGUGCAGUCAGAUGGAACAGAGUAAAUAGGCAUUUUAACGUCAUAGAUUUAGCCGGUGGUAACUUGUGGAAUAGACACCAGCUGGAAUGCAGUUUUAACCAAUCAGCAUUCAGGAUUAGACCCACCCGUUGUAUAAAAAGAUGGGGGGGGAAACAAACAUUAUCCCUUAGAUCUUGCAAAGCAAAUACUUCAAUAGUUUAAGCAUAUGUUGCAGAAUAGUGAUACAAAAUAUCUUAAGGGGGUUAGCCAUCAGUGAGGGUGUUGACAAGUCAAUGACGGAGUUGACAACAAAUACUCAAUAUAAGCAUUUGUACAAUAUAGAAAAUUAUUCAUUUUAAAAUCGCCAGUAAAACAUAACCAUUCUAUCUGAUCUUUCCGCAAUCUGACAGUUGAGGUUAGACAAAAACCUGACACAGUUUAUAUUUUACAGAGUCAACAAAAAUUUCAUUUUUCUUCUUCAUUCAAGUGGUAUACAAAGUAUCAAUUUAGAUUUUCCUCAGUUGCUUUAUGACUAAAACCUAAUUAAAAUAAACAUAUUUGAACCAAAAUUCUCAUUUUAUCUUAAUCUAUCAGGGAGCUGGAGUUGACAAUAUUUUUAGUAUGAAUCUAUCAAAAGUAGAGAUCUUUACAGACCAUGAGUGAUCUUGUUGCACGACAUGUAUUGAGGACAUGAACAAUUGGUCCUUAUGGUGUAGCUAACCCUGCUCAUUCCUGAUUAAUGUAGGAUUUUAGACAAAUCUGAAGGAGUUGAUCAAAUCUCCUGACAAUUUUUUUGGGAAUCACGUUUUUGAGAAAAAUAUUAUUUAAAGUUAGAAAGGGCUAUUGCAAGAAACUACAUAAGACCUUUUUUUCAGUUCAUAUUCAUUAAUGCCAGUUUUUAGAACUUUAAACACUUUUUUGCUGAGUUGGGAUCCUUUGCUUCGGACAAGGGCAUUUCCAGGCAUAGAGCCAACAUGGAAAUGAAACAUUUUGAAAAUAUUUUGGAAAAUUCUAAAAACAAAUCUUUCCCCUUAUAGAAUUGCCCUAAAUGUAAUUUCUAAGCUCAAAUGAUGUAACAAAAUCUUUUUUUUUACUAUAAAAAGAAAGGAUUGUCCCAACCUUCAAGAAUCCCUGCUCUGUUUGACUGUGCCUAUUUGUGAUGGCCGCUCUGGGAUGUAAUCAGUUAAUAAACUUCGUUGAACUUGAACCACAUCAAUCAAUCAAUCAAAUUUCAAUCAAUCAUGUCAUCUUUAUUUGUGAACUAACAGGUGCGGACGCCCCUGACCCCCCGCGACAGCAUCCAGCUGGUGAAGAAACACUACAGCCAGCCCCAGCCUGGAGGUCUGGACCGGCUGCACCACCUCAAUGUCCCCAUAAACACCAUGAUUGCCUCCAGCAUCCAGGUAAAGGGAGGGAGCAUGCUCAACUCUAUCCUGUUGUACAAAAACAGUGAGAGGGUGCAUGAAGUCAACAGUCUGUCACGUAACAAUCAAAAAAGGGGACCUGACCUCACUCACUUGAUGUAGUUGCAAUUGAAGUAUUUGUUCUUCUGCACCCUGUAGAGCUAUGUGUCCCCUUCCACCUGCAGUCAUGUCCUGGAGGAGACAGAUAUAGAUGAUGGGCUGCCUGACAGUAUGGAGGGGGUGGUAGAGGGGGCCGGGGUAGAAGGUCCUCCCCAGGAACAAGUGUUGUUUAUUGGGUUGGCUGAGGAGCUGGAACUGCUGGACCCGGAUGUCCUGAAACCCCCCACCCCUCCUCUGCACCGCUUUCCCUCCUGGGUAAGACCAGUGUUGAGGGUAACGCGUUACAAAAGUUACGUGUUACGUAAUCAGAUUACUUUUUGGAGUAACAGAGUAAAGUAACGUGCUACUUUUUCAAAUUUGGUCAUAUUAUUACAGUUACUUUGUCAAACAACGCGUGUGUUACUUUUAGAAUAAUAUCUAUACCGGGCGCGUGUUUCCAUGAUCCGAUCUCGACUUGUUUCCUCAUUUAGUUCUCGAGCGAGCGGAGAAAGGCUGUUCGGAGAAAUGUAAUGACAGCUGCUGUCCAUAUAAAUGUAUAGAGGACGCACCUCUGAUCUUUGCCAUGGAUCGUGUCUGUGUGGCAAGUGUGUGGUCUAUAACCAGAACUAGCAGCUCGAGAGAAAGAUUUUGAAUGAAAAGAUAGGAAAUCUGUACAGAUGUUUGGCUUACAGUAUAUUUGGCUAAUUAAGCAGCCCAUAAAUAUAGCGCAGCACUUGUAGACUAGCACAGAAAAGCAGCGCCACAGAUGAAAGGAGACUCUAGUGAUCAAACCUGAGUUAGAAAGUAGCGUAUCUUUUUUUCAUGAAAGUAAUGGAAAGUAAUAUAAUAAUAACAUAACGCGUUACUUUCCACACAAAGUGAUAUUGUAAAGUAAUGUGUUACUUUUGUUAAAUGUAACUAGUAAUAUGUAAUAUAUAUUUAACAUGUUUACAUUUUAGUCAUUUAGCAGACACUCUUAUCCGGAGUGACUUACAUUUUCAUAAUUCUUUCAGUAAUCUAUCUCACCUGUGGUAAGUUUCAGGGUAAAAAUAGUCAUUCAACCCAUUUUAUAAAGAGAGAGAGAGAGAGCUCAAUUAGUACUCCAUUGUAAAGUGCCAAUAUAUUUCACUGCAUCUGUAAAACACAAACACACUCAUGCUUGCACAUUGAUCUAUGUGCUCUACAGGAGAGCCGUAUCUAUGCUGUAGCCAAGUCAGGGAUGAGAGUAUCAGAGGCGACCGCAGGAGCCAGAGGUCUUGGGCGAGGUGAGUUACCCUGCUGAUGUUGGAAAAGACUCUCUGUGUCUGUUUGGGUUACAGUAUGGGAUCUGUCAGUGCUCCUUUUGAUGUAACAUCCUAUCACCUGAGGGGGCUAAAUAACACCUGUGCAGGAGCGAUCUGGGAAGCUUUUAUGAGCUCUUUAAAGAGAUGUGUAAGGACAGAAACCCUGUUUUCUGCAGGGUCCAGCUUACCGCACUACCCCGCCGCAGGACCAUUCACUCACCUGAUUUACAAGAACAUCAGUGUACCCGUGUAUACCACACUGAAAGGGGUAAGUACCAUACUCUACAGUAGCUCGAACUGUGACAAACUGACAAUAACAUAUCAACUCCCUAUGGACUGUGGUAUGUGCUGAGGAAUAUCUAAAAGUCUCUCCUGUGUGUGUCUGCAGAAAGCCACUCAGAUCAGCAGUGUGCCCCUGCCUGAUGAUGACUCUGGUUCGGAGGAUGACAGUGGCUCUCUGGCCAGCCUCAGGACCUCCACCCUGGGCACAGACAGGAAGGGAAGCACCCCUGGGAGCCCCCGCGCCGUCAAGAGGGGUGAGCAUUGCUACAUCAGCGUUGCUAUCCCUCAUAUAGUUAGCUGACACUGAUUUAGUCUGUUCUCCGGUGCUUAUUUUCAUGUAAGCGGUCUUCCAACGAGGAAUAACUAUAGGUUGUUGGUCCCUGACACAAGAAGGAACAUACACUACAUGACCAAAAGUAUGUGGACACCGGCUCAUCAAACAUCUCAUUCCAAAAUCAUGGGCAUUAAUAUGGAGUUGGUCCCCCCUUUGUUGCUAUAACAGCCUCCACUCUUCUGGGAAGGCUUUCCACUAGAUGUUGGAACAUUACUGCGGAGACUUGCUGAAACAGGAAAGGGCCUUCCCCAAACUGUUGCCACAAAGUUGGAAGCACAGGAUCGUCUAGAAUGUAAUUGUAUGGUGUAGCAUUAAAGAUUUCCCUUCACUGGAACUAAGGGGCCUAGCCCGAACCAUGAAAAACAGCCCCAGUCCAUUAUUCCUCCUCCACCAAACUUUACAGUUGGCACUAUGCGUUGGGGAAGGUAGUGCUGUCCUGGCAUCCGCCAAAUCCAGAUUCGUCCGUCGGACUGCCAGAUGGUGAAGCGUGAUUCAUCACUCCAGAGAAUGUGUUUCCACUGCUCCAGAGUCCAAUGGCGGCGAGCUUUACACCACUCCAGCCGACGCUUGGCAUUGCGCAUGGUGAUCUUAGGCUUGUGUGCAGCUGCUCGGCCAUGGAAACCCAUUUCAUGAAGCUCCCGACUAACAGUUCUUGUGCUGACGUUGCUUUCAGAGGCAGUUUGGAACUUGGUAGUGAGUGUUGCAACCGAGGACAGACGAUUUUUACGGGCUACGCACUUCAGCACUCGGCGGUCCCGUUCUGUGAGCUUGUGUGCCCUACCACUUCGUGGCUGAGCCGUUGUUGCUCCUAGACGUUUCCACUUCACAAUAACAGCACUUACAGUUGACUUUAGCUUCAGUAAAGCCAUUUUACUGCCAAUGUUUGUCUAUGGAGAUUGCAUGGCUGUGUGCUCGGUUUUAAACACCUGUUGACAGGUGUGGCUGAAAUAGCCGAAUCCCCUAAUUUGAAGGGUUGUCCACAAUCUUUUGUCUAUAUAGUGUAGUUACAGGGUCUACAUCAGUGUUUCUGAACUUUUUUGUACUGUACCAGGGACCAACAAGCUAUGGUUCUUCUCUAUGGAGGCCUGCUUACAUGUAAACUAGUACUUGAGAACUAACUAAAUUAGUGCCAGGCUAGCUAACCAUCUAAGGGACCAUACAGUGACAUCUGGAGGACCAGUUGAGAGACACUGGUCUAGUGUUUGACAAUAAGUCCAUCAGCUGUCCGUCACCUGAGUCACCUGUCUGUCAGUUUGUUGACCUCUGACCUUUGACCUUUCCAGGUGUGUCCAUGUCAUCCAUCAGCUCUGAGAGUGACUAUGCCAUCCCACCUGAUGCCUACUCCCUGGACUCUGACUACUCUGAGCCGGAACACAAAGUCCAGAGAACAUCCUCAUACUCCUGUGAGAGCCUGCGAGAGCCUGUGAGUGACCAUUUACAGUACGAUACGAUACAGUGCAAAAUUAAACAAAAUGAUACCAAACCAUACCGCACGAACAGAACGAUACAAUACAACAAUACUGUAUGUCCCCAUACAGGAGAUGCUGGAGAAGUCAGGGUACCUGCUGAAGAUGGGCAGUCAGGUGAAGGCCUGGAAGAGACGCUGGUUCAUCCUGAGGAACGGAGAGAUACUCUACUACAAGUCUCCUGUGAGUCUCCACACGUCAUCACUAUCUGCUUUAUCACCAUCUGUUUUUCUGACAGAAUUAGUUCUACAAGAUUGCUCUAGCUUGGUCCCAGAUCUGUUUGAGCUGUAUUGCCAACUCCUAUGGUCUUUGUCAUGGUCUUUCAGAGCGACGUUAUACGGAAGCCUCAGGGUCAGAUGGAGCUGAACUCUUCCUGCAGGAUCGCCCGUGGAGAAGGAGCACAGACCUUCCAGGUGAGUGAUAGUGAAGAGGGACUGAAAACCAACAUUUGGUUCUGCUUCCCUAGAAUACCUGUACACACGCACACACCCUAACCUACCACCAGUACCAAACUGGGUCAAAGAGAAAGUGCAGCACGCAGACGGGCUUAACAUCAUCAGCUAUAGCCUUGCAGGGAAUGAAAUGUUGUGUUCUAAAGCUGAUCCUUAUCUUUACUGACCUGGUGAUGCUACUGUAUCGCUGACCACUUAGAGUGUGUGUGUGUGUAUGUGUGUGUGUCUGUGGGUCUGUGUGUGUGUGCGUGCAUGUGUGUGUGUGUGUGUGUGCAUGCGUGUGUGCGGGGCGUGCAUCCGUGUGAAAAUGGUGCUGGAAUGUAUAGCGGCCGUUUUACGAGCUCCUGACCAAUUCUGCUAGGUUGUGUGUUUUUUUGCACUGAUGUUAACUUGUUUUUGUACAUAAUGUUUUCGCCGUCAUUUCCAAUGACCGAAAAGAGCUUCUGGACAUCAGAACAGCGAUCAUUAACCUAGAUUUGUCUGAAUAUUUCUACUUCAAUGAGUCAGUGGCGCAGGACAUACUGCUCACCACUGAACAAGCCCUAAUCCCCGACACUCGGAAGAGAAAGAGAUGGUGAUAUAGAGGCCGAUGUGUGGGCACACUGAUGAAACUACGGAGAGUAAAUAAACCCCCUCUACCAUCUGUUCUAUUGGCAAAUGUACAAUCACUGGAGAAUAAACUGGACGAGCUCCGUUCGAGACUAUCCUAUCAACGGGACCUGAAGAACUGUAAUAUCCUAUGUUUCUCGGAAACUUAGCUGAACAAGGACAUGGAUAAUAUUCUAGCUGUUUUUUACUAUGCAUCGGCAGGACAGAAUGGCAGCGUUGGGUAAGCUCAAAGGGGGUGGUGUGGGUCCCUUUGUUAACAACAGCUGGUGCCCAAUCUCUAAUAUUAAGGAAGUCUCAAGGUUCUGCUCACCUGAGUUAAAAUACCUCAUGAUAAACUGUAGACCAUAGUAUUUACCAAUAUUUUUCAUAGCUGUCUAUUUACCACCACAAACUGAUGCUGGCUCUAAGACCGCACUCAACAAGCUGUAUAGGGCCAUAAACAAACAAGAAAAUCCUCAUCCAGAGGCGGAGCUCCUAGUGGCCGGUGAUUUUAAUGCAGGAAAACUGAAAUCCGUCUUACCUAAUUUCUACCAGCAUGUCACCUGUGCAAUUAGAGGUGAAAAAACUCUAGAUCACCUUUACUCCACACACAGAGAGGCAUACAAAGCUCUCCCUCGCCCUCCAUUUGGCAAAUCUGACCAUAACUCUAUCCUCCUGAUUCCGGCUUACAAGAAAAUCUCAAACAGGAAGUACCAGUCACGCAUUCAAUACGGAGUGGUUCGAUGAAGCGGAUGCUAAGCUACAGGACUGUUUCGCUAGCACAGACUGGAAUGUGUUCCGGGACUCAUUCGAUGGAAAUGAGGAGUUUACCACAUCAGUCACCGGCUUCAUUAAUAAGUGCAUCAAUGAUGUCAUCCCCACAGUGACCAUAUGUACAGUACAUAUCCCAACCAGAAGCCAUGGAUUACAGGCAACAUCUGCACUGAGCUAAAAGCUAGAGCUGCCGCUUUCAAGGAGCCGUACACUAACCCGGACGCUUUUAAGAUAUCCCACUAUGCCUUCCGACGAACCAUCAAAGGCAGAGUGUCAAUAAAGGACUAAGAUCGAAUCCUACUACACCGGCGCUGACGCUCGUCGGAUGUGGCAGGGCUCGCAAACUAUCACAGAUUACAAAGGAAAUCCCAGCCGCGAGCUGUCCAGUGACGCGAGCCUACCAGACGAGCGCAAUGUCUUCCAUGUUCGCUUUGAGGCAAGCAACAAUGAAUCAUGCGUGACAGCACCAACUGUUCCGGACGAUUGUAUGAUCACGCUCUCCACAGCCGAUGUGAUUAAGACCUUUAAACAGGUUAACAUUCACAAGGCCGGAUAAGGAUGCAUUCUCAGAGCAUGCACUGACCAGCUGGCAAGUGUCUUCACACACAUUUUCAACCUCUCCCUGACCAAGUCUGUAAUACCUACAUAUUUCAAGCAGACCAUCAUAGUCCCUGUGCCCAAGAAUGCCAAGUUAACCUGUCUAAAUGACUAUCGCUGCGGAGCACUCACAUCUGCAGCCAUGAAAUGCUUUGAAAGGCUGAUCAUGGAUCACAUCAACAUCAUCAUCCUAGACACCCUGGACCCACUCCAAUUCAGAUCCACAGAUGAUGCAAUCUCUAUUGCUCUCCAUACUGCCCUUUCCCAUCCGCCACGCUGACUCUCAACAUGGGGGCCCCUCAGGUGUGCGUGCUUAGUCCCCUCCUGUACUCCCUGUUCACCCAUGACUGCGUGGCCGUGCACAACUCCAACACCAUCAUUAAGUUUGCAGAUGACACAACGGUAGUAGGCCUGAUCACAAACUACAAUGAGACAGCCUAUAGGGAGGAGGUGAGAGAUCUGGCAAUGUGGUGCCAGGGAAACAACCUCUCCCUUAGCAAGACAAAUGAGCUGAUCGUGGACUACAGGAAAUGGAGGGCCGAGCACGCCCCCAUUCACAUCGACAGGGCUGUAGUGGAGUGGGUUGAGAGCUUCAAGUUCCUUGGUGUCCACAUCACUAAGGAUCUAUCAUGGUCCAAACACACCAACACAGUUGUGAGGAGGGCACGACAAUGCCUCUUCCCCCUCAGGAGGGUGAAAAUAUUUGGCAUGGGCCCUCAGAUCCUCAAAAAGUUAUACAGCUGCACCAUUGAGAGCAUCUUGACUGGCUUCAUCACCGCUUGGUAUGGCAACUGCUUGGCAUCCGACCUCAAGGCGCUACAGAGGGUAGUGCGGACAGCCCAGUACAUCACUGGGGCCAAGCUCCCUGCCAUCCAGGACCUCUAUAACAGGCGGUGUCAGAGGAAGGCCCUAAAAAUGGUCAAAGACUCCAGCCACCCAAGUCAUAUACUGUUCUCUUGGAAAGCAGUACCGAUGCACCAAUUCUGGAACCAACAGGACCCUAAACAGAUUCUACUCCCAAGCCAUAAGAAUGCAAAAUGUUUAGUUAAAUACACUGCUCAAAAAAAUAAAGGGAACACUAAAAUAACACAUCCUAGAUCUGAAUGAAUGAAAUAAUCUUAUUAAAUACUUUUUUCUUUACAUAGUUGAAUGUGCUGACAACAAAAUCACACAAAAAUGAUCAAUGGAAAUCAAAUGUAUCAACCCAUGGAGGUCUGGAUUUGGAGUCACCCUCAAAAUUAAAGUGGAAAACCACACUACAGGCUGAUCCAACUUUGAUGUAAUGUCCUUAAAACAAGUCAAAAUGAGGCUCAGUAGUGUGUGUGGCCUCCACGUGCCUGUAUGACCUCCCUACAACGCCUGGGCAUGCUCCUGAUGAGGUGGCGGAUGGUCUCCUGAGGGAUCUCCUCCCAGACCUGGACUAAAGCAUCCGCCAACUCCUGGACAGUCUGUGGUGCAACGUGGCGUUGGUGGAUGGAGCGAGACAUGAUGUCCCAGAUGUGCUCAAUUGGAUUCAGGUCUGGGGAACGGGUGGGCCAGUCCAUAGCAUCAAUGCCUUCCUCUUGCAGGAUCUGCUGACACACUCCAGCCACAUGAGGUCUAGCAUUGUCUUGCAUUAGGAGGAACCCAGGGCCAACCGCACCAGCAUAUGGUCUCACAAGGGGUCUGAGGAUCUCAUCUCGGUACCUAAUGGCAGUCAGGCUACCUCUGGCGAGCACAUGGAGGGCUGUGCGGCCCCCCAAAGAAAUGCCACCCCACACCAUGACUGACCCACCGCCAAACCGGUCAUGCUGGAGGAUGUUGCAGGCAGCAGAACGUUCUCCACGGCGUCUCCAGACCCUGUCACGUCUGUCACAUGUGCUCAGUGUGAACCAGCUUUCAUCUGUGAAGAGCACAGGGCGCCAGUGGCGAAUUUGCCAAUCUUGGUGUUCUCUGGCAAAUGCCAAACGUCCUGCACUGUGUUGGGCUGUAAGAACAACCCCCACCUGUGGACGUCGGGCCCUCAUACCACCCUCAUGGAGUCUGUUUCUGACCGUUUGAGCAGACACAUGCACAUUUGUGGCCUGCUGGAGGUCAUUUUGCAGGGCUCUGGCAGUGCUCCUCCUGCUCCUCCUUGCACAAAGGCGGAGGUAGCAGUCCUGCUGCUGGGUUGUUGCCCUCCUACGGCCUCCUCCACGUCUCCUGAUGUACUGGCCUGUCUCCUGGUAGUGCCUCCAUGCUCUGGACACUACGCUGACAGACACAGCAAACCUUCUUGCCACAGCUCGCAUUGAUGUGCCAUCCUGGAUGAGCUGCACUACCUGAGCCACUUGUGUGGGUUGUAGAUUCCGUCUCAUGCUACCACUAGAGUGAAAGCACCGCCAGCAUUCAAAAGUGACCAAAACAUCAGCCAGGAAGCAUAAGAACUGAGAAGUGGUCUGUGGUCACCACCUGCAAAACCAGUCCUUUAUUGGGGGUGUCUUGCUAAUUGCCUAUAAUUUCCACCUGUUGUCUAUUCCAUUUGCACAACAGCAUGUGAAAUGUAUUGUCAAUCAGUGUUGCUUCCUAAGUGGACAGUUUGAUUUCACAGAAGUGUGAUUGACUUGGAGUGACAUUGUGUUGUUUAAGUGUUCCCUUUAUUUUUUUGAGCAGUGUAGUUAACCAAAUAGCUACCCGGACUAUCUGCACUGACCCUUUUUGCACUAACUUUGACUCAUCACAUAUGCUGCUGCUACUGUUUACUAUCUGUCACUUUAUUCCUAGUUAUAUGUACAUAUUUACCUCAAUUACCUCGUACCCCUGCACAUCGACUCGGUACUGGUACCCCAUAUAUAUAGUGUAUUUAUUAUUACGGGUUUUACUUUUUAUUAUUUCUCUAUUUUCUUUCUCUCUGCAUUGCUGGGAAGGGCCCGUAAGUUAAAAACAUGCAUUUCACUGUUAGUCCACACCUGUUGUUUAUGAAGCAUGUGACAAAUAACAUUUGAUUUGAAAAUAUGAAAAUGUAUGCACUCACUAACUGUAAGUCGCUCUGGAUAAGAGCGUCUGCUAAAUGACUAAAAUGUCAAAUGUAAAAUUUGAUUUGUGUGCCUGUGUGUGUGUAUGCUUGCUUACGUGUAUGUGUCUGUGCCUGCCUACCUACCUGCCUGCACAGGCACACUUUCACAGGCAUGCUUUCACACUCGUUAAUGCAUUUCUCUCAUAUUUUCUCAUUCUCCUGUUCUAAUCAGUUGAUAACGGAGAAGAAGACGUUCUACCUGACGGCUGACUCUCCCAACAUCUUAGAGGAGUGGAUCAGAGUUCUACAGAACAUCCUCAAGGUCCAGGCCAGCAGCCCUGUCGCCAUGGAGACCACCGCAGCCAAACCCACCGUGAGGGGCUGGCUCACUAAGGUCAGGGGUCAAUGCUUCACUGUGCUGUAGCCGGGGCCUAAGAGAUGAGAAACAGACAGCAUGUUUAAGGGGAUUGGCUUGAGCAAGGCGAGGUACAGAAUUGCUUAUCUUGAUCACAUAAUGAGUGGUUCAUUGGGAUGUAAGCAGGAUGAUUUGUAGAUCACAGAUUCUGGACUUGCUCAGGCGAUCCUCUCAAACACACAGAGAGUUUUCAUGGAAGCUUUUAAUUUACCGUUUUAAUGGAAGGACAACCCUUGUUUCAAAGGCAAUACAGAACAAUACAGCUAUUCUCACCCAAUGUAGAGAGACCUAUUAUAUCAACAAUAUGUUUCAUAUUAGGACACAGUCAGGAAAGUUUAAACUAACAAUUUUUUCGAUUGUAAUUCACAGUUUGCCGGAAGGCAUUCACUUCAGGCAGAUUCCUGGAAAGCUAAUUCCCGUUGGGACACGGCUAUGGUCAGGAUCCCUUGCUGGUCAGGGGAUGAUGGAAUGUUUGAGUGAUAGCCCCCCUUUCACUCCAUCCCCCUCUGGCUCUCUCCUGUCUCUCUCCACUGAGGUGUAUCUGUCUAUGGUUAAUACAGGGGGCUAGGUGACCUUCUAACAUCAGAGGGGUGUGUGUUACGGCUGACUGACAGAUGAACCCUCUCCCUACUCUUCCUUUACAGAGGCUUUGAUCUCUACACUAUGACGUUAUACACCUCAGAGCUCUGUAGUGAUGUACUGUUGGUUCACUAUCUCGCUCGCUGCAUAUUUGGCCUUUGACCCUGAUGAAGAGAUGUACAGCUGGGAUUAUGAGUCAUAAUGACGUGUAGCCAGAAGUCCACGCACACACCCACUCUCUAGUGCCACCUGGUGUUCAAAUGAGAAAUAUACUAUACAGUCAGUGGUGUUGAAUGUAUUACCCUUACACAUUCUCAUCUCUCUCUCACUCUCUUUCUCUCUUUCUUUCUCUCACUCUCUCUCUCUCUCUCCUCUAGGUGAAGCAUGGCCACUCUAAGCUGGUGUGGUGCUCUCUGGUCAGCAAGGUGUUUUAUUACUACAGGAACCAGGAUGACAAGGUACUCCCUUCCUUUUCUCCUCCUAAACUUACCUUCAUGUGUCCUCCAUUGUUGCCAGUCUCUAUAUCAGGGGUGCUCAAACUUUUGGGCUUGGUGGGCCGCGGGCCGAACAAUAAAGGGAAAGCAAAAUAUUUAUACAUAUUUUCUAAAUAUUUAGUUAGAAAAAUAAAAGGUAAGCAAUAGCUUUUUAGGGUCUUCAAUCAAUAGCUUUUUAAAAUGUAAUCAUAAAAUUACACUUCAAACAUUAAUCAAAUCGUAACCAUAUAUUUUGACACCUAACAACACAUUCUGAUUACCAGUAUUAAAGAUGUAUUAAAAUUGUUACAAUUAUAGCAUAGAAACUCCAAUCAAGUUUCUAUGUUCAUAAAGCUAAUAACUUGAAAAACAGCUGUAGCUUUAAAGUUAAAGGUGUUACACAGGAUUUCAGAAAAUGUAAUUUCAGAAAAUGUCCAUAAUAUAUCUGUCACUAAUAGUGUAAUGAUAAUGUUUCACAGUAUUACUUACUCGCCAGUGUUGUGAUUCGCCUAUUGAUUUCUCCCGUGGGAGCGGCAUCUGUUGUCAAAAUGGGAAAGCUGUUCUGACUCUGUGGCUGUGUUAUCUAGUGAAAAUUGCUCUGUCAUUUCCUGGUUGCUAAAAUUCUAAGCUGUUCGCUCAAUUUCAGUUUGUGAGAAAACAAACACUGAAUAGUGCAGGGAAUCAUUGUACCAUCUAAAUCACUGUUAAAUAUAUUUCCAAAAACAAAAAAUAUUGUUUUUACAGCUGUUUGAAGCGGUUUUGGUCCACCUGCUUCAAACAGCUGAAAAAAAACAUAUUUUUUGUUGUUGAAAAUAUAUUUCACAGCCAUUUAGAUGGUACACUGAUUCCCUGCAUUAUUCAGUGCUUGUAUUUUCACAUAAACUGAAAUUGAGCGAACAGCUUAGAAUUUUAGCAACCAGGAAAUGACAGAGAUUUCCACUAGAUAAUACAGCCACAAAGUCAGAACAGCUUUCCCAUUUUGACACAGAAGCCGCCUUCGGCGGGAGAAGUCAAUAGGCAAAUAUAACAGCCAAUCACAACACUGUCGUGUAAUUAAUACUGUGAAACACUAUGAUUCCACUAUUACUGCAGAUAUAUUAUGGACAUUUUCUGAAAUUAUAAUGCAAACAUUCAAAACAAUCCUAUGUGUAUGUAACCGGUGUGAAAUGGCUAGCUAGUUAGCGGUGCGCGCUAGUGGCAUUUCAAUCGGUGACGUCACUCGCUCUGAGACCUUGAAAUAGUUGUUUCCCUUGCUCUGCAAGGGCCGCGGCUUUUGUGGAGCGACGGGUAACGGUGCUUCGAGGGUGACUGUUGUCGAUGUGUGCAGAGGGUCCCUGGUUCAAGCCCAGGUAGGGGCGAGGAGAGGGACGGAAGCAAGACUGUUACAUGUAGCACCUUUAAUGUCCUGCAAUUCCACAUAUUUCAUCAUGGGAUGGAGUUUUUUUUUCUCUCUCAGUUUUAAUGCUAAUUCCCUGCAUUUCUACACAUUUUGCCAUGAUUUAUGCUACGUUCAAAUGAUAUCUGAGUGAGAGUGACUAACAAAAUCAAUGGGGGCCCUCUGGAGGUCAGAGCCCCUUGGCACGUGCCUUGGGUGCCCGGGUCAAUCAUUUGGACAUGAUUACUACAAGGCUUUGAUAGCUGGCUAGACUAACUUACCUAGUAAUCUAUAAAAUGUUAGCUGACAUGGAUUAAUUGAUUGACUGUCAGUGACUGACAUAACAUGAGGAACACUGCUGAUGCACUACCAAAUGUAUACAUUUUUUGGUCAGAGGCCCCCUAGUGGUCGUGGCAGGCCAAAUCAGACGUCGCCCCAGUUUGGUUGGCUCUGCUCUAUAUCAUAUGUGAAUAUAUUCCCUAAAUGUGUGUGUGUGUGUUGGUGUGUGUGUGUUUCACAUCUCAGCUCCCCCUAGGCCAGCUGCAGAUGCGCGAGGCGGCGGUGGAGGAGGUGGACAGGUCAUGUGACUCAGACGAGGACUACGAGGCCAGUGGGCGUGGCUUCUUGUCGUCCCAUUGUACCCUAGUGGUCCACCCCAGAGAGCAGAGCCCCACCUACCUGCUCAUAGGCACCAAGCAAGAGAAGGUACAGUACUUAUAACUCCACACCCUCUAACCCUAACCUUAAACCUAAUUGCCUAAAUCUUACCUAUGACCUCUUCCUAUGGAGAUAGAUAAGUGCCAGUAUUAUGUAAAGAAGUACAGUUCAACUAACAAUAUUUGUAAACAGGAAACACAAUACUCAAAUGUAAAUUGCUAUCCACAGACAAAUCAAAUCAAAUUGUAUUUCUCACAUGCGCUGAAUACAACAGUGUAGACCUUACCGUGAAAUGCUUACAUGCCCUUAACCAACAAUGCAGCAUUUUUUUUUUAAGUAAGAAAAUAUUUGGCCAUAUACCACUCCCCCUCUGGCCUUAUUGUUUAAAUAUAAUACACAGCCACAUUUUGGCACUUACCAAAAUGGGCAGCAGGUAGCUUAGUGGUUAAGAGUGUUGUGCCAGUAACCGAAAGGUCGCUGGUUCUAAUCCCUGAGCCGACUAGGUGGAAAAUCUGUCGAUGUGCCCUUGAGCAAGGCACUUAACCCUAAUUGCUCCUGUAAGUUGCUCUGGAUAAGAGCGUCUGCUAAAUGACAAAAACUAAACCUAUCUCCAUUAUUUCCCAUUUGUUCUCGUCCAGGACACCUGGCUGUAUCACCUGGUGGUGGCGGCGGGUAGCAGUGCCAGGUUCAAGGUGGGCACAGAGUACGAGCAGUUGGUCGGGAACCUACUGGACGUAGAGGGAGACCCAGGUAAGACAUCUACAGUCACCAAAUCAAUCAAUCAGUCAGUCAUCCAAUCAAUAAGCCUGUAUGUCUGACAUCAUAAAAUGCAAAUAUAACACAUGAGAAGGCUACUGACUAACAACAGUUGACUAGGAAUACCUUAAAAGAUCUGUAUCAGAUGCCAAGGAUCCAGAUUUAGUCAGGAGCUCUUUAAUGUUAUUUUCAACCAGGAGGACUGACUGAAACCUCUUGAUCCAGUCUUCAAUCUGCAGACAGUGUUUAUGACUGGGCUCUAGCAGGGCUGUUCCUGGUCAGCUGUUGCACCACUUGAGUUUGUAACCCAAAAAUGUGUGUGUGUGUGUGUGUGUGUGUUUGUGUUCUCUUUCAGACUCAGCGUUGUGGAGGAGUGAGGCUCUAUGUUUCUGUAAAGAGGGCCUGCGCUCCCCUCUAACCACUCUACCCUCUGAAGCUCUGCAGACUGAAGCCCUCAAACUCUUCAAGGUUGGUCCCUUCAUCUCUCCCUCUCUCAUCCUCUCCUUUGCUUGAACUUCCUUUCUUUUAGUCCCUUUACUUUCUCUUCCUUUGUAUUUCUUCAAAUCCCUCUCUCUUCCUCCUCUCCUGGCUGCAUUCAUGUCUACUGCUCUGACUGAGGCCCCAGCCCUUCUGUCUGUCUGUUAGAGGCAUCCCCCUUCUCUUCUCUUGGAUCCACUCCAUGCCCCUCUACCCUACCGCCGCUCACAGAUCAAAGCCUCACGGUAGGGGUCUCUAGCUCAUUAGAAGUAUGGAAAAUAUGUAAUGGGGGUGAUUAUCUCAUCUGAUUGAAGCUAACCAUUCUUCUUGUCCUUGUGCUUGUUGAGAGGUAGAUGUAAUAGUAGGAGAUGGGAGUGUGACAGACAGACAGCCCAGUGAAUGUAGGAAGUAGUGGGAGAAGGGAGUGGGACAGGGAUGGGGGUAAUGAAGUGGAUCUGGAAGAGGAUGGACCUUGAUCUUGAUGUAUCCUGUUCCUCUCUUUUCAACUCGGCCUCCCAGUCCGCCUCACCCCUCCCCUUCUCUCUAUGCUUCACUGAGCUUUCCCUCGGCCCCACAUUUUGGGUUGCUUUGUCUGAUUGGUGUUACAUAUAUAGAGGAAUGGAUUAAUUGAGCUCACGCACAACCCUUUAAAGUAUCUGUUCCUGUUCAAAUACUUUGAACAUUCACCCUUCUCUUCUGUCCCCCCCCGUCUUUGAAGUAUAGUCCCUGAUCUGACACGACUGGGUUAGUGAAAAGCUCUUUCAUGGGAUCGUUUUCACAGUAUUCAUUUAUACAGUGCCUUGAUCCUGACUGUGAACAUUCUCUUGUUGCCCUCCAGCCAUGACAUGGCCGGCUUGUUUGACGGCUACAUCCUGACUUGGUUUCACUAGAAUUGUAAUCAGGCUCCAAGUAGGAAACACCUUCAUGUUGCUGCAUGUUUCAUUACAAAUUUUCUGCCUGAGGUGGGUGGUCUCACAACAGUAUGUAUUUGCCUCCACCUGCUGGUAGAAAGGUGGUAUUACACAACGUAUCAUUGCAUGUGUUUUAGAUUGAUAUUGCAGUCUGACUACACAGAGCCACUGAUCUACAAAUCAACCUUCAUAAAAUACAUCCCAAAUAACUACUCAUUAUGUGCUCAAGUCUACCGAUUCUACCCCUUGCUUAAACUGAUCCCCUUAAACACAUUGAUUAUGGUCACGUGUAGCUCAGUUGGUAGAGCAUGGCGCUUGCAACGCCAGGGUUGUGGGUUCGAUUCCCACGGGGGACCAGUAUGAAAAAAUGUAUGCACUCACUAACUGUAAGUCGCUCUGGAUAAGAGCGUUUGCUAAAUAAUAAAAUAAUGUUUUUUUAAAAAUUUGUUUAAUUCUAUUGUUUCUCAACACGUACAUGUAUCACGAUCACUGCAAGUAAAACCUUCUUUAUCCCUCUUUUACCCUUCCUUUCUUCAGUCCUGUCAGCUGUUCAUCAACGUGCUGGUGGAGUCUCCCUCCAUCGACUACCACACAUCCCUGGCCCAGAAUGCAUUGCAGGUUUGCCUGACGCACCCAGAGCUCCAGAACGAGAUGUACUGUCAGUUGAUCAAGCAGACCAACCGACGCACGCCACACAACCACUCCCUCACUCAGGUACAUUAGAGACUGGUACCCAUUUCCCACUACUCAGCACGGCUGGCCUGGUUACACAUCCACUAUGUGUCGAAAAGCACCAUCUGAUAAGAACAAUAUCAGAGUUAGCACAGUUUGGUUCCGGUCAGCAGAUAUUCCUGUCACUUGUUACCUGUUAUUCUUGGUUGCUUUACUCUCAAGUGUUGUAUGAGUUGUAGUGAAAUAGUGUGUUCUCCUCUCCUCAGUGCUGGCAGCUGUUGUCUGUGUGUGUGGCUCUCUUUCUGCCUCAGCAACACUUCCUGUGGUACCUGAGACAGUAUCUGCAGCGUCAUGCAGACCCCAGGUAUAAACACGGAUGCACGAACACACACACACACACACCAAUCGAUUAAUGAUAACCCACGGUGAAAGAUAAUCCAACUACAGAAUAGUAUGAUCAUUGUUGAUGAUCCUGUGUGUGUGUGUAUCUGUGUGUUUGUAGGAGUGAGGUGGGGAAGUAUGCAGUGUACUGUCAGAGGUCUGUGGAGCGUACCCUACAGAACGGGGAGCGAGAGGCCAAACCGUCACGUAUGGAGAUCAUGUCCAUCCUACUGAGGAAUCCCUACCACCAUUCACUACCCUUCAGCAUCCCUGUCCACUUCAUGAACAACACCUACGAGGUAACACACUAAACACAGACACGCAACCAAAUCGCACACUAACAAUCAAACGCCUACCAAGUCAGGAAGAUGGAGAGUGCAGACCAAUGGAAAAUGGACUAUGAAUAAACACACUUUCUGUUACACCCAAUCAUUGAAUAAGUGACACUCUCCUGUCCUGUCCCGUCCUCUAGGUUGUAGGCUUUGAUGGUUCCACUACAGUAGACGAGUUCCUGAGCACCCUGAACCAGAGGGUGGGCAUGAGGAAACCACACCUGUCUGGCUUUGCCCUCUUCACUGAUGACCCCUCAGGGAAAGACCUGGAGCACUGCCUACAGCCCAGCGUCAAGGUCAGUGUGGACCAACAUACUCUUAUGAUUAUACACCUGCACAUGCAUUGCGGCAAUUGUUCCAAUACCACACAAUCUAACCUUUUAGUGCCUGCAACUAAGUAUAAGGCAGUAAACAGAGGGGUAGACUGGAAUCACAGCAGGGAACAGGGAAUAAUGUUCAGGAGACCAGGGUCUGCCCAUAGAGAUAGAUAGAGGACUCAUCUUUUUAUCUGCGCCAUUAUAGCAUCUGUGACAGCAUGGGCAGCGCCAUCGAGGAUAUCUCCAUUGUAAAGUAGUCAAUUGUCUUCAUUGGUUGAUUGUGCCCAACUCAUAGGAAUCCCCACCCACCUGACUACUUUAAAAUGGUGGAAACCCUCAACGGCAAUGUCCAUGUUAAAACGAGUUUUAUCCAUAAUGAGUCCUGUAUCUAUCUCUAUGGGUCUGCCUGGUCAGGUCGCAUGGUCAGGAAAACUCCUGGCUCCAAAGUAGAAGACAAUUAACUCAUUGAUCUUUUAACUCUCACCUCUGCCAACAGAUCUGUGAUGUCAUCUCCAAGUGGGAACAGGCCCUGAAAGAACUGCAUCCUGGGAAAUAUGAGGGGACACGCAUCGUCCGUCUGACAUACAAGAGCAGGUAGGCUUUACCUUGUUUUAGUUCCUUGAUGUGCUCAUUGUUGAGCUGAAGACAUCCAAAAUGGAUGACGAGGUGCAGACCAACGGACAUUUUUUCAAAUAGAAAAAACUAAUAAAGUAUCGCUCAGCACCACACACAUCAUGCAUUGACCAUUGUGAUGUCUUUUGUGUAGGUUGUGUUUCCGGGCCCAGGCUAAAGGGGAGACAGACCGUGAGCGCCUCCUGCUGGCCUACCAGGUGAAUGACGAGGUCCACCAGGGACACUUCCCUGUCAACAAGGAGUUGGCUCUGGAAGUGGCUGCUCUCAUGGCUCAGGUUGGUAGUGCUUUGGUAAGGAGAGGGGCAUUAUGGGUACUGAAGUACAUCAUGCUACAGGUUUGUCCCUCCCCAGGUAGAGCAUGGUGACCUGGACCGUCCGGCCCACUCCUCCUCCCCCAGCAGUAGCUCCUCUCCUCAGCCUAAAGCCCAACAGAUCUCCCCUAGUUACAGCGCUCCUCAGCCCAAAACUCAACAGAUCCUCAUACAGGCCCUGGAGCGCUUCUACCCCAAACGCUACAAACAGGACUGCACCAUGGACCAAUUCAGGUAACACACCCACACGCACAACCAGCUCAGGUAAUGCAUUACCCUCACACACAGAUAAUGUAAGACACAGGCUUCUACCCCAAACGCUAUUAACAGGACUGCAGCAUGGGUCAACUCGGGCAAUACUGGCCACGUGCACACAUUAUACCCAGAUAAAGAUGCCGAUACAGACAGACAGACAGACAGACUAAUUCUCUUCUUCAACUCCCCUCAGAGACCUAUCAGAGCAUCUGGCCACUAAGUGGUCAGUCCUGCGUGGCUGCAGUGCCUCAGAGUGUGUCAGAAUCUACCUGACCGUCGCUAGGAAGUGGCCGUUGUUCGGUGCCAAGCUCUUCAGUACUAAGGUAAGUGGGGAUGCAAGUAGACUAAACAACCUUUACCGCUUUCCUGAAUGUCUAUUGUAUCUGUACUGUACUGUAUGUUUCCAGCUUUUGCUGAAUCUGUGUUCGGUGUCUCCAGUGACUUGGAAGGUCUCUAUAAUCAAAUAGAUGUUGCUGUCCUCUUUCCUCUUUUUGGAAGGCCUAGUAUUUCAGUAUUUACCCAGACAAGUACCCCAUUCCUAUUGAAACCUUGAGUAGCACGGAUAUACAUGUAGCGGUACCGGUGUAUCAAGUCUGACACCAACAGGCUCCUGAACAGCUUCUAUUCCCAAGCCAUAAAUCUGCUAAAUAGCUAACAGAAUGGCUACACAGACUAUCUGAGUUGACCCUUGUACUUUAUUCUCUAUGCACACUCACAGGACUCUACACACUCAUGCACACGGACACUCCAACACACACAUAACAUGCACACACAUUUAUACUGACUCUACACACAUGCACACACACUCACAUACAAUCAUAAUUUAUGCUGCUGCUACUCUGUUUAUCAUAUAUCCUGAUGCCUAGUCACCUUACCCCUAUACAUACAGUAUUUUAUUUAUUUAUUUAUUUUUAUUUAACCUUUAUUUAACCAGGUAAGCCAGUUGAGAACAAGUUCUCAUUUACAACUGCGACCUGGCCAAGAUAAAGCAUAGCAGUGCGAUAAAAACAACAACACAGAGUUACAUAUGGGGUAAAAAAACAUAAAGUCAAAAAAUACAACAGAAAAUAUAUAUACAGUGUGUGCAAAUGUAGCAAGUUAUGGAGGUAAGGCAAUAAAUAGGCUAUAGUGCAAAAUAAUUACAAUUACAAUUAGUAUUAAACCUCUACCUCUAGUAUCUACCUCUAUCACUCCAGUAUCCCUGCACAUUUUAAAUAUGGUAUUGGAACUGACCCUGUAUAUACACUAUAUAUACAAAGGUAUGUGGACACCCCUUCAAAUUAGUGGAUUCGGCUAUUUCAGCCACACCCGUUGCUGACAGGUAUAUAAAAACGAGCACACAACCAUGCAAUCUCCAUAGACAAAGAUUGGCAGUAGAAUGGUCUUGAUGAAGAGCUCCGUGACUUUCAUCAUGGCACCGUCAUAGGAUGCCACCUUUCCAACAAGUCAGUUAGUUAAAUUUCAGCCCUGCUAGAGCUGCCCCGGUCAACUGUAAGUGCUGUUAUUGUGAAGUGGAAACGUCUAGGAGCAACAACUGCUCAGCCGCAAAGUGGUAGGCCACACAAGCUCACAGAAUGGGACCGCUGACUGCUGAAGCGCGUAGCGCUUAAAAUUCGUCUGUCCUCCGUUGCAACACUCACUACCGAGUUCCAUACUGCCUCUGGAAGCAACGUCAGCACAACAACUGUUCAUCGGGAGCCUCAUGAAAUGCGAAACUGAGCAGCCGCACACAAACCUGAGAUCACCAUGCGCAAUGCCAAGCGUCGGCUGGAGUGGUGUAAAGCUUGCCGCCACUGGACUCUGGAGCAGUGGAAACGCGUGAAGCCAGAUGAUGAAUCAGGCUUCACCAUCUGGCAGUCGAAUCUGGGUUUGGAGGAUGCCAGGAGAACGCUACCUGCUCCAAUGCAUAGUGCCAACUGUAAAGUUUGGUGGAGGAGGAAUAAUGGUCUGGGGCUGUUUUUCAUGGUUUGGGCUAGGCCCCUUAGUUCCAGUGAAGGGAAAUCUUAACGCUACAGCAUACAAUGACAUUCUAGACGAUUCUGUGCUUCCAACUUUUGAAUUUGGAACGCCGACUGUGAGCCAGGCCUAAUGGCCCAACACCAGUGCCCGACCUCACUAAUGCUCUUGUGGCUGAAUGGAAGCAAGUCCCUGCAGCAAUGGUCUAACAUCUAGUGGAAAGCCUUCCCAGAAGAGUGGAGGCUGUUAUAGCAGCAAAGGGUGGGAGCAACUCAAUUUUAUUGCCCAUGAUUUUGGAAUGAGAUGUUCGACGAGCAGGUGUCCACAUACUUUUGGUAAUGUAGUGUUGUUUCUUAAUUUCUCGUGUUAUUUUUAUUUCUCGUGUGUUUUUGUUCCACCUUAUGUUAUUUUUAGCACUACAUUGAUAAUGAUUACUGCAUUGUUGCGUUUGGAGCUUGCAAGAAAGGCAUUUCACUGUACUUGUGCACGGGACGUAAAAAACGUGAAACUUGAUCUACUGUCUCUGUAUACCAUCUGUGUCUCUCCUCUCCGUCUCUGUCUGCAGCCUAUACCUCCCUCGUCUGUGGAGCAGUCCCCGGUUUGGCUAGCCGUCAAUGAGGAUGGACUGUGUGUGCUUGACUAUACCAUGGUAAGUGUGUGUUUAUCUACAUGUUUAUAUGUCUGCUCCCUUAGCUCAUUUACCAUGGUAUAAGUGAAUAUUAAAAGUAUGCAUGCAGGUCAAAAUCUAACCGUGUGGUAUUACUGGUACUAAAAGUGGCCACAAGGUGGGCGUGUUUCAGUGAUUCAGUACCUAUAGCCAGUGGUCAGAGGACCACCAUCAGAAGAAAGCUCUUGAACAGAAAAUUACAUCAUAUUUCCAUCAUAAAUUACCUACAUUACAAAUUUUUUUAAAGACAACAACCUCUCAGAAUUGGUAUUCGCUGUAAUUCCUUUUUUAAACGGGCACAAUCUUAGCUUAGAUUCAGAGCACUUAAGGUUUGGGGUUUCUCUUCUGUCUUUACCAGUCUGGCUGUUGCCAGGCCACAGUGGCGGAGGCUUGUUGAUCUACUGGUCUGGAAUGAUUUUCUACUGCAGCGUUUGAAACACCAGAUCCCCACAGGGAAACAGAAACUGCUGGCCUACAAUUUUACCAGACCUGGGUUCAAUUCAAAUACUAUUUGAAAUCAUUUGAAAUACUUAAGCUGGGCUUGAUUGACCUUGCCUGGGUUAAUAAAACCAAAUCCCACCCAUCUGGAGAAAAAGGACAAAGUAUUUGAAAGAUUUCAAAUAGUAUAUGACACCAGAUAUGGGUCUACCAAGAGAUCAAAAUGCUGACUGAGAUAUAAACAAAUGUUAAACUUAAAACACUAUAAUUAUCUUACCCUUAUUCCUCUAUGUAAUUUCUGGUUUGGUGUCCUUUCAUGCUCCAAUACAUUUACUAGUUCUUAAGGAAAAAAUAAGGAAAAUUCACAAUAAAGCAAUAGAAAUGAUGUCAUGCUGCUUCAAUGGUUCAUGCUCAAUUUGUCUCUUGAGAAAACAAUAACAAGAAACUAAUUCCCAAAGAAAGAAUCCUCAGGCCUGUACCAGGAAGAGAGAAGAGACAGAUAACUUAAAGGAAAAUUCCACUCAAAAACUAUAUUUUGGUAUUUGUUUAAUUAGUCCACGGUUGAUACAGUCCCAAAAUGUUUUGCAUGUCAGCAAUCAACUUUCAAUAUACAGUAAGUGUCACAGUAUGAUGUGUUUUGCAUCAUCAUUUUGGGACUGUAUCAACAGUGGACAAAUUAAACAAAUACCAAAAGAUCAUUUUUGAGUAGUAUUUUCCUUUAAGGGCUUUUUACACUACUGAACCGAACAAACCAAAAGUGAAAAUAUAAGAUUAAAGCCAUCAAAGUUAGUGUAAAAGGGGUCAAAUGUGUUUUCCUAUUCACAUACAUAUUUAAACAAAUUAAAUAAAUAAUCCAUUCCUUUACAGCACCUUCUGGUCAUGUACUCCUACCAAUCAGUGAUCACCUUUGGCGGUUGCCGUGACGACCUGAUGGUGGUAGUGAGCCAGACCAAAGAGCAGGGUGGAGGGAAGAAGAGUGUGGAGAAACUGGUCUUCGCUAUGGCUAAACCCAAGGUAAAGUUACCUAGUCGUCUCUAUGGCUAAACCCAAGGUAAGGUUACCUAGUCUUCAGUAUGUCUUAACCCAAGGUAAGGCCAUAAAAAUAGAAUAUUUUCUAUUUCAUUCUAUACUGAUCAAAAAUAUAAAAGCAACAUGCAACAAUUUCAAAGAUUGUAGUGAGUAACAGUUCAUAUAAGGAAAUCAGUCAAUUGAAAUAAAUGCAUUAGGCCCUAAUCUAUGGAUUUCACAUGACUGGGAAUACAGAUAUGCAUCUGUUGGUCACAGAUACCUUAAGAAAAGGUAGGGGCGUGAAUCAGAAAACCAGUCAGUAUCUGGUGUGACCAACUUUUGCCUCAUGCAGCGCGACAGAUCUCCUUCACAUAGAGUUGAUCAGGCUGUUGAUUGUGGCCUGUGGAAUGUUGUCCCACUCCUCUUCAAUGGCUGUGCAACGUUAUGGAUAUUGGUGGGAACUAGAACAUGCUGUCGAUCCAGAGCAUCCCAAACAUGCUCAAUGGGUGACAUUUCUGGUAAGUAUGCAGGCUAUGGAAGAACUGGGCAGUGGCGUGUAUUCAUUGAUGCCAAGGGAAGCCAGGCUUCCUGAAAAAAUGUACCACCCAAAAAUAAAUAUAAUAAUAAUUUAUCUUUCAUCUCUCUGUGUUUCAUAAUUUUCCUUAAAUUCUCAAGAGUCUGAAUGUAUCUCACCGGAGAAAGCAUCCAAGCGAGCGAACCAGCGCCCCUCUGUUUCUGUAUGUGUAGGCCAUCUAUCUAGUGCAUGACUGUAAGUCACUUUGGAUAAAAGCGUCUGCUAAAUGGCAUAUUAUUAUUAUUAUUAUUAUGCUGUCUGGUCCAAAAGAGGAUGACAUUGUUGCCACUCGUAGCACUGAAUGCAAGUGAAGCCAGUGAGCAUUUGGCCAAUCAGCGUUGAGCUAAACUGAGUAAGCUCAACUGUGAAUGGUCCUGGCACACCAAAGAAAGGUGUCAAGGCAAGCCAGUUUGGAUUUGGCGUAACUCCUAUCAAAUCGCAUCGAGCGCAUACGUAAUUGACAGAAACAACUUGAACUGUUGCAUCUCGUGGCUAGCUAGCCAGCUAGCUAAAAUUGUUCCUUUCCUAAAUUAGCCAUAGAUGGAGAUAGGUAUUUGGACUUGUGCUUUUACUUAAUUAUCCAUACUGGCCAAUGAUUAUAACGGUAAUUCUGAUCCAAUCAUAAAUUCAUACAUUGUGCCACUGGCCUGAGAGGAUGGAAGUUCAAUAUGUAGCUAGAUGUAGAAGGCUAAUGUUAACUAGCUAAUGUUGCCCAUGAAAGGAAGUUUGGCUAGCGAGCAAACAUUUUAGCCAGGUAGCCUAAGACAACAAAAAAUAAAAGCGUGUACUGUAUGACAGAGUGAUAGAGACUGUUUCGUCAACAUGAAAGAUAGGAGAAUGGCAUUGGCGUAUCUCUUCAAGUAGGGUGAGUCAACAUGUUUUUUCUACUUGCACGAAUGCACAUGCUCACACGCGCACACAGAAAUCAGAAAGAUGGACAGUCACAUCAUAUUUAGCUUACGUUGAUUGGACUAAAUUGUUUUUGGUAUCUUUUAGUUGUCACUGUAUUAGACUAAGCGUAGGUGAUUUGAUGAUGUUGAAAUGUUGAAAUUUUGAAGUUGAAAUGGUGCUGGAAUAGUGGAGGCAGCUCCUGUUUUCUUUGCGACUUGUGGUAACUCUCCAUGGUUCUAAAUCAAUAGUUGUUUAGUGGUCCGAAAUGUCGGAAAGAUUAACUUGCUUGACCAUGCAGUAGGUCAUGUAACUGUUUGUUACAUGCAAUAUGCUUUGUGUACUUCACCGGACAGAGGUUGCUCUCCGGUUUUGUGAUGAAACAAAGGUGUGGUUGAAUUUAUUCUGCCACUGUGUCUUCUUAUUGUCUCGGCCUUUAGGCCUAUAUAUCACGGUGUCAAGGCAUAUGAACUAACAGGUUAUAGAGCAAACAAUGCAAUUAUCACAACACAUAGGUUGUAAUAUGGCUUUUUUUUCUGGCUUGGCUUCUCCAGUGAUUUUACCCACGCACCUCUACUGAUACAGGGACAUGUUCAGCUUCCAGGAAUUGUGUGCAGAUCCUUGCGACAUGGGGCCGUGCAUUAUCAUGCUGAAACAUGAGGUGAUGGCGACGGAUGAAUGGCACUAUAACAGGCCUCAGGAUCUCGUCAUGGUAUCUCUGUGCAUUCAAAUUGACAUCGAAUAAAAGGCAAUUGUGUUCAUUGUCCAUAGCUUAUGCCUGCCCAUAGCAUAACCCCACCGCCACCAUGGGGCACUCUGUUCACAACGUUGACAUCAGAAAACCGCUCGCUCACACGACACCAUACACGUGGUCUGCAGUUGUGAGGCCGGUUGGACAUACUGCCAAAUUCUCAAAAACAACGUUGGAGGCGGCUUAUGGUAGAGAAAUGAACUUCCAAUUAUCUGGCAACCGCUCUAUAGGUAUUUCUGUAGGUAAGACUUACAGUAGGUUUGGCUUUACCUCUGGCCAAGUGCAAGUGGUCAUUGAAAACGGUUAGUGGAUAAUUAUCAUGGACCACAACAGCUCUGCCAACUUUCAGUCAGUCAAUAGGAUCUUACUGUGCAGAAAGCCAGCGUGAAAAAUAGGAGGUGAGCUACUGCUAUGUUGUGCUGUCCACCUGUCAGUUCUGUGUGGCUCAGAAAACGGUCCACUAGCAGCGACCAGGUUCAACGGUUCAAUUCCCACAGGGAUCACAUCACUGUACCUUAAGUCGCUUUGGAUCAAAUCUCUUAUUACAUUAUAUAAUAGCAAGGUUACCCUCCACUGCCUUGGGCUGAUUUAGAAAGCAGGUUGAUUUAGAAAGCAGAGGAGCCAAAGGGAGCGAUUCACAGAAACGCAGAUAAAUUACCAGUGCACUGAAAUUGACUUUAAAAGGUGAUUUUGUCUUGAGCCGCCUUUCAUUAAUCUGUGUUGGAUUGAUGCCUGGCCUAAGCAUUACUACUGGGACGUGCUAAUAAGGUCCUGCUGUAUUCAUGACAGGUGGCUCAAUAUCAAGUCAUUUCUAUGGUUUUCUCAUUGGCUUUAAACUGAACUUCUAAAUGUGAGCAUAUGUGCAUCCAGCUCCCUUGGAUCAAAUGAAAUUCAAUCAUUUAAAAUGGUUAAACAAUUUUCCCCUCCUUACUCUGUCUUCUCCUCUCCCCUGCACGGUCUCCUCCUCCUGUCCUCUCUCCCUCUUCUCCUCUCCCAGAUCCUGGAGUUGACUCUGUUAAUGGCCAGCUAUAUUAACUACUGGACCCCCAGCCACCCUGGCCCCCCUGCGGCCCAGCACCAGUCCCCAGGACCCUGCUCCCCUCUGGGGCCCCGUGGGGCUGGGGCUGAGGCCGGGAAGAUGUGGGACGUGGAUAGCAGACACUUUCCCUCCAUGACCUACACAACCAAAGGACCCACUCUACUUUGAAUACAGCAACAACAAUCAACCCCCUGUUCCAGUGCAUCUUUGGAACAACAGGGCCAUGUUCAUUAGCCAAUAAAUGGAAGAAAACUGACUGAAACAAGGAGGAUCUAUACCUGGACUAGUCAAAUAAGAAAUGCUAAUUUUAGUUUUACAUUUCAAAAGGUUUUGCGACAGUGUACCCUACUGAACAUGAUCCAGGACUGAGAAACUACUGGGUAUUGUGGGUUGUGGUACAGAAGACAUUUUGCUCCAUAUACAUUACGUUACAACUGAAAAUGGCCAUUGUUUUAUUUUACCCUCAUUCCCUCUGGCCUGGAGUGGAUUUUGUUGUAUAUACACAUGACAUUUAAUUUCUGCUGAUUUUUUUUUUUUUUAC